AAAACUAUAGAAAGCAUUUUCCUUAUAAAAUAUAUGCAUCUGGGUCUAGGGUUUUUACAAGGUCGUUAUAUAUAUGUCAUACGCGUUGCCCAUGCAGAGUAAUAUUAUACCUAAAUACAAAAACUCAAGAUCCUCUAUGGGAAACUCAUCCAACAAACGUAUUGACAUAGAGUUUUCCAAAUGGUCAACUACAGAAUUUCCUCAAGAGUACGUUCUUGUUUACACUUCAGUCGACGAUCCAUUCAGAAGCAGUACUUUCCGAUUGAGCGCCAAUACAGACAUGGUACUAUGUAGACUUGCUGGCGACAUGUGUAAAAAACAUCCAGUACGAUGUCGUGUAAAGAUCACUGCUCUAAGAGACAGCAGGGGCAAUUGCAAGUUUGGGGAAGUUGCAGUUUCUCAACAAGGGUUUGAAGAUCCAUCAGUGGAGGACAACUCCGCAUGGUUCAACUAUGGGUGUGAGGACGAAGGAGCUCAUAUUUCUUAGAAGAAAGCUUGAAUAUUCUGUGACCAUUCAGUGUAAUAAAGAGACAGGACUUAGCGUGGAGUUUAAUGGUCCUUAUAUGUACAAGGGUGGGUACUUUUAUGAUGCAUUAGGUUUGCAGAGGAAGCGAGAGGUGUUAGGAAAGCCCCCACAAGAGUUGACUGAAAAGGUUGAAAGUGAAUUUGAAGGAAAAGAAUAUACCCUCUUGAAAAGAGAUCAGACACCUUCUGCAAAAGCUAAGAGAGCCAUUAACAAAGAUGCACAAACUGUGGCUGUGGUUAAUACAGCUGCACAAGCUACAGGACUGAUUAAUAAUAUAGGUGGACAGACUCAAGGUUAUUUCAAUGGUGCUAUACUUAACAAUGUCAAAUUUUAUGGACCACUGUAGCUUCUACGCACUGUGUGAUCAUGAUUCUAUUCCCUUAUAUAUUAUA